CACCAUCUAUGUAUAGAAUGUCUCCGAUGUUUUAAUACUUUCCUGUUUUCUGCAAAUUUACAAGUUAUUUAUGGUACAACCUUGAUAAGGUUUUAAGAUACUAAGUAUCAAUUUCCGCGUAGAGAUUCGAGAGUCGUUUACACUGCCCUUAGCGUUUGGCGAAGUCUGAGGUAGCUGGUUCAAAGUUCGGAAUAUUCGCAAUAAACAAAGACAACAGAAGAGGAAUAACCAUGGACUUUCAGGGCAGAAGGGAUGGGAGAAAAAAAAGGAAGAUGGAAAAGAAGGAACCGACACGAAAAGACCCGAUAAGAAAAAAGAAAAGUGUGGAGAAUCCUAAAAGAAACCUGGAACGUGUGCAACAUCAGAAGCCAACCCUGGUUAUAAUAGACCUUGAAACUACUGGAUUAAUUGAUGGCCCUCGGAUGCCCCAUAUAACACAAAUUGCAGUUAAGGAGAAAGAGACAGGAGAUUCAUUUUCAGUCUAUGUCAUGCCGAAGAUUCCAAUAACUGAUGAUGCACAGAAGCUGACGGGCAUUUCUGUCGCAAACGGCGAUAUGUUGGUAAAUGAAAAGCGUGUCGAGUGUGUUUCGAUACAAACAGCUCUUACACAAUUACAAAGAUGGCUUGCCCGGUUCGAAAAUGUCUUCCUCGUGGCACAUUAUGGGAAGGCAUUUGACUUUCCAGUAUUGAUGUCGGCAUUAAAGAAUAACAAUAUGAUCGAGAAAUUUCUUUCUUCAGUUACUGGCUUUGUCGACUCAUGGCUGGUUUUCAGACAGAAAUAUCCAGGCCGGUCAUGUAAGCAGGUGGACCUAGCAAGGACACUUCUUCACAUCACCUACGACGCACACAACGCUGAAGCGGAUGUGCAAACCUUAGCGAAACUAGUUGGUUUGUGUACAACGUCUGAGCUCCUCUCGUUCAGGUUUUCACCAAAGGAUAUCAUGCUUGAUUGAGCAUUGAGUUCUUUAUAAUGAUUGAUCGGCUGUAAUGUUGUGCUUAAAAGUAGAAAAAUUAAACAGAACAAAUCAAUAUAUAUACCAAGAAUCAUACGUUCGGACAGAUUAUUUCGAAUACGUAGGAAGUUCGUUAUCAUGCUUGCAGCUUGAUUUAUUUUCAAUUUAUAUACAAAUGCUGGAGUUAAGAUAUACAUCAUUAUUUACUCCAGUAUUAUAUUGGUGUAACGAUCAAUAUUUUUGUUAUAGUUAAAUCAUAUUGACGAGUCUCUUACCCUAUGCAUAUUUGUAUUUUUAUAUAAUUGCUCAUUGAUAUUUUGCUCGCCUUUAUAAAUAAUGUAUGUAAGAGGGCUAUAUGUACUUUUUAAUGUAUGACAUAUAUAAUGGCAGCAACAAUAAAUGCAUAUGGAUGCGAAGUCUGUGGAAUUUACGUCAUGCCCGUGGUUGAUAAAUUGCAUAUAAAUUAUGUUAACAAAUACAUUGGGUUCGUCAAGAAACAUGCUACUGUACUAGGUGAACUUGGUCGCUUCCCAUAGUCUGUCAUAGUUUGUAAAGAACGAGCCCUUAACUAAUAGUGUAAAAUCAAGAUAUCGCAUAAUACUUUGUUAAACAGAGUGUUUAAUACGUUAACUACUGACGAUGCUUGCAUGAAUAUUGAUAGCAAACUGUGCUGGCCAAAUGCUGUUAAAACUACACACGAUUAUUUGGUGUCAUUAACGAAUGGUUGAACCACGAAAUCGAUUACAUGUGAAUGCUUAAACAAAGAGUCCAUUAUGUUUACAUUCAAACUUGGUUUGAAUGCACACAGUCUCAAAGUAAGCUUAAAUAUUAUAACAUAUUUAAAAAAGAAUUUUGUUUUGAAACCUACUUGAAAUGGAUCGAUAAUGAAAAGCAUAAAAUUGAAUUGAGCAGCUUUCGAGUGUGUUCGCAUUUUUAGAAAUAGAAAGAGGAAGAUUUAAUAAUAUUAACGUCAAUGAUCGUAAGUGUAAAGUGUGUACUAAUGGUAUGAUUGAAUCUGAAUUUCAUUUUCUUUGUAUUUGUCAAAUGUAUAGAUUUCUUAGGUCACAAUACAACAUAAGGCUGUCCUUUAACACAUGGAAUUUUUUUGAAAAACAAAUAUGUCAACAAAGUCUGCAACAUGUAUCCGGCAAGUAUGGAAAGUUAUCUAUUUUACGAUGUUGAAACGAAGAUAUAAUUGAUUCUUCUGUUGCUUCCUAGUUGUUUAAAAUUCCUUCACACUAUAUACCAUAUUUCUGGUACAUUUACCUGUUUCUUUAGCUUUAUUGUUUUAUUUAUAUCAUCUCUUGACAUUAUUUGUAUGUUACGAUUUACCAUCCUAUACUUGUGGUAUAAUAAUAAUAAUCAAUAUUGCAUACACUAAUUCUCGGUACAGCCGAACUUCAUCUCACGGUGUAUAUGUAUUUAUUUUAACAAAGCAUGUAUUGCUGAUAAUGCGAAUAAGUAAACCAAAAAUCAAAUAUAAUGAUUAAUCACUUUAUAGAAGCUAUACACAUUUUGUCUCCUAUAAAAAUUGCAAAUAUGUUAUGCUUUAGUUAGAUGUAUACGAGUAUUAGAUAGGCUACUAUUAAUGCAUAUAGGUUUAGAAGACAUAUAUUUACUUGUUUUGAAGAUCAAACUAUAUUAUUCUGUGAAUGUUAAGUUGAUUUCCUUAGUAACAUAUACAUGAGUUGUAGAAAAACUUAUGCAUGUACGGUGUGUAUAGGUUUAAGUAUACACAUUUUAUUGUUUUGAAUAUCAAUUUGCAUUUUACUUUGAAAUUAUGAAUAUAACAGUUGUGUUAUAUGUAUGUACUGUAAUUUGAUAAGAUUUGAACAAGCGAUGCUAAUUUAUUAAAUGCAUAUUAUGUUGAACCUUUUUGUUAAGAAAAUUGGUAAAAUAUUGUAAAUGAUAUUAAGUAUACAUGUCACUAAAAUAACCGUUGAAAAAUCCUGCAUUUUGAUGUUAAUACUACUUAUUGUCCGAGUGUGACCAUUAUCCAUAUGCAUUUAUCGUCUUUGUAAAUAAAUAUUCACAUAUAUA